ACCUCUGUUUAAACCUGAGCAACUAUAAAUCCCAAUUUCGUUUUUCUCAGUUAAAGCAAAACAUCAAAAAAACAAAAAUUAAUUGGAAUUUUUAUAAAAACCUAAUUUCUCUACUAUUCUUUAAAUAGAAACGAAUUUUAUCACAAAAAUAAACAAAAUUUACGAAAGUUAACUUUCUUUUAAAUGUCCCAAGCUUCUAGGACUGCUGCCACCAGCAACAAUGUGCCGUCAAGUAGUAUCAAUUCAGCUGGAAGUGUCAGUGAUUUUGAAGCUGCCAUAGCGGCUUGUGGUUUUGGUUGUUUCAAUAUUUGUCUGCUAAUUGUUGCAAUGUCACCUCUAAUUUCGGCCAUAUUCUCAACAUCAACAUUGUCCUUUAUAUUGCCUACAGCCGAAUGUGAUUUACAUUUGAAUUUGAUGCAAAAAGGUGUUUUGAAUGCAAUGUGUUUUGCGGCCAUACCCUGGGGCUAUAUAGCUGACACCAUGGGGCGCAAAAUGGUAUUAGUAUAUGCUCUGCUCUUGGAUGGUGUAAUUGUCAUUUGUACUGGCAUCAGUCAGACUGUAAAUCAACUUUUAAUUUUUAAAUUUUUCGAUGGCUUUUUAGUUUGUGGCCCCUUUGCUGUGGUCAUGUCGUAUAUUUCCGAAUUUCAUGGUCUAAAACAUCGUUCACGCAUUAUGAUGGGUAUGGGCAUGAUAAAGGCAGCUGCUACUGUUAUAUUGCCCAUUUUAGCUUGCACACUGCUGCCUUACCACUUCACUUUGGAAAUGUGGUUUAUAAAAUUGUACACUUGGCAUUUCUUCAUACUUAUUACUGCUGUUGUACCUUUACUUGGUGGCUUUUUAAAUUCAUUUUUUCCCGAGAGUCCUAAAUUUCUUAUGUCUCAAGGUCGCAAUGAUGAAGCUUUGGAAUGUUUGCGCUUGGUUUAUGCCAUAAAUAAGAGGAGGCCAAAGAUUGAAUAUCCGAAUGUAAGGUCUUUGUGUUUUAGGUGGUCUCCGGUAGGUUUGUGGUUAAUGUUCUAGUCUGGUAGACCGGAAGUGGUGGGAGGCACUGGACAAUAAACGCACAAUAUGUUCAUUGAAUCAACAACCAAUUUCAUUCCAUCAAUAAAAUAGUUUCACAGUAGAAACUGCAAACAAAUUCAUAAAACUAAUGAAACAUUCUUCAUUAAUGCAACGAAUUGCUAUGUUAGCUCGUAAAAAAUAAAAAUUUUCAUUGAUCAUGAAUUCGUGAAUUUUAUGCCUAGAAUGCAGCUAUUUCUCUUAGUAUUUCUGAAGGCAUAGAAAUAUCGGACAGACUUAUAACCCUACAAAAAUUGCGGAUAUUCGUAUAAAAAGUAGUCCAUAAAAGAUUAGGAUUAGUAGCAAACUAGCCCAAUUACAAAUAUGUAUAAAG